CGUCACAAACAUGGACGGUAAUUUGUAUUUCGGUGUUGUAAUUUAAAGCAUUUUCGUUUAUUGAGUGCGUAGAAUGUCGGAAAGAAACGAAAAAAUACUCGCUGAAUUGCUGAAAUACCCCGGGAAUAACGUGUGUGCUGAUUGCGGGACUCCAAAUCCAGAAUGGGCUUCAUACAAUAUAGGUAUUUUCAUCUGCACAAGAUGCUCAGGGGUGCAUCGAAGCAUGGGGGUGCAUAUAAGUAAGGUUAAGCAUUUAAAGCUCGACCGAUGGGAGGAUUCGCAGGUUGAGCGCAUGAAAGAGGUGGGAAAUACCAAAGCGAAAUUGAAGUAUGAAGAAAGGGUGCAUCCUUGUUACAGGAGGCCCAAGCAGGACGAUCCUCAGGUCCUAGUGGAGCAAUGGAUUCGAGCAAAAUAUCAACGCGAAGAAUUCUGCCACCCGGAACGUCAAACUUACACUUCCGGCCACUUGGAAGGGUAUCUGAUGAAACGCGGAAAAGAAGACAGCAAAUACCAAACCCGAAAGUUCGUGCUUUCGGAAGCCGACGACACGCUCAAGUACUACGUGCGGGAAAACAGAGAACCUAAGGCAAUCUUGCGAGUGUCUGAAAUAAAUGUGGCUUUUUCCCCGGAAAAAAUCGAGCAUGCAGCUUCCAUGCAAAUCACGUUUUUAAAAGAUGGCACUACAAGGCACAUUUUUGUGUAUCACGACGAUCCGGAAAUUAUCACCAAUUGGUAUAUGGCGAUAAGGUGCGCGAAAUUGCACAGAUUACAGGUUGCUUAUCCGGCAGCAGACGAAUGCGUGCUGGUGAAUUAUUUAACCGAAGACUUUGCCAAAGAGGGAUGGCUUUACAAAACGGGGCCCAAAACCACGGACGGGUUUAAAAAACGUUGGUUCACGCUGGACAACCGGAAAUUAAUGUACCACGAUGAACCGUUAGAUGCUAAUCCGAAAGGAGAAAUAUUUAUAGGUCAUGCGCUGGACGGAUAUGGGAUACGGAUAGGGGUGUCAGCAGGGGUCAAAGAUCAGGGUUUCUCGUUUUCUCUGUCGACCCCUGAAAGAACCUACAAUUUAUCCGCCCAAACAGAGGCAGACAGAGAUCAUUGGAUAGAAGUUAUAGAAAGAGUAAUCGAAAAACCUCUAUCGCCGCAAGAUUCAGCCACAUCUGUCAGGUUGAUAAGGAAACGCACCAACACGAACUCGAUGUCCAUAUUCUCUCAAAGGUAGUCACAAUGUGUAAAAAAAAUAUCGUCAUCAUCACCCGACUAGUCGUAUAUUUAUUAUUAUUUAAACAAUGAAAAAAAAUUAAUUCAUCAUCCAUCUCAUCGUUAAUACUCAAAUGACGCGGUAUAAUAUUUAUUAUUCAUCGGAAUAAUCGAAGUACUAGAAUUUUUUAUUUUUACUAUACUGUAAGAUUAUAUAUAUAACUUUUUUAUUUGCCCUGACAAGGUAUGUAUUUUGAGGGUUGACACAGGGUGAUUAAAAUUAUCCCCCCAAAUCUACAAACCUUUUCCAUGCUUAAAUAUUACUGGCAUGGGAGAAAUGGAAAUUAAAGUCAUCCUGAAUAUUGUGUAUAAAAAUAAUUAUUUUGCAUAUUAUACAAGGUGACUACUAAAUUUACCUCUAUACAAAAGUUGAUAAUAACCAAAGUUGAAAGUUCGUUUUCGAUUUUAUUAAAUGACUGAAAAAAAAAUAAACGUUUCUGCACAUUUAAUAAAAUUGAAAACGAACUUUUAACUAUGACACCCUGUAUCUUGGUUAUUUUUGGCUUUUUAAUAGAAGUAAAUUUCGUUAUAGGGACACCUUGUAUAAUAAUAACUUGCCAGAUUUUUAUAAGUA